GAUACUUGAAAAGUAUGGAUGAAAGUGCAAAUUCCAAAGGAUCCGGUUCUGAAGAUGAGCCGUUAGUGCCCGAUAUUAUCGACGACCAAUUUUACAAACAAUUAGUGAACAGAGUACCCGAAAUCACCAAAAUCCUUAGGCAAAAGGAUUCCCAAAGCAGUGCUGAUAACGUUCAGAAGCUUUACAUUUGUUGCAAUCGCUACAGGGUAAACUACAAUUUGGAACGUGUGAAAUGCCAGGACUUGGAAGAGAAGAUUGAUGGUUUAAAUGGUCGCUUGCACGAGGCCCAGGAAUUAAAUGAACUAAAUCAAGCUACUAUAACCGAACUGAAACAGGUUAUAGAAACUAUUUGGCGUCAAAAAGAUGCCGCGCAUCUCAGAGAACAAGCUGCGCAAGAGGAAUUAACGCGGCUUAAAGAGACUACGGAACAGCUGCAGGAAUCAAUUAAAACCUUAAGCGACACAAGAGCUGCUCUAAGGCAAAAACGAAAUGAAACGAAAAUACGCGAAAAACUCGAAACGGAGAUACGAGAAUUGACGAAACGAUUGCAAAUACAACGCAAUUACACGAGCGAGCUAGAAAUUGCUAAUAAAACUAUGGAGGAGAAAAAUAAAGGCUUAAUCAAAUCGUUAGAUGAAACUUCGGGAGAGACUUAUCAACAUAAAAAACGCAUAGAUGUUUUGACUAAAGAUUUGGAACUCUUGCAAGGCGAAGAAUUGAAGUGUAGAGAACAAAUCGCGACUUUCAAGCAACAAAACGAAAAGCUCACCAAAAUGAAAGUUAGACAAAAUUUACAAAUAUUAUCUUUGAAGACCAACAUGGAGCACUUGAACACAGUUUACAAUGGUGUAUGCAAUAAAUUAGCUAAAAUAACAGUCGAUUAUGAGUACGCCAUGCAAGAGAGAGAUAAACACAAAAUGGAUUUAAAUCAGAAAAAGAAUUUACUUAAAGUACGAGAGGAAGAAAUUAUAAAAUGCAAGCAUGAGAACUCGAAGCUAACUAAACUGCAAGAUACUGCAUCCAGAAAGUAUACAGCGUUGGACAAAUCGAAAAAAGAAUUUGAGCAACAAAACCUCAGACUAAAAACUCAGUUAAGUACUCAGGAUAAGGAAAUAGAAGCUACGAGGCGCGUAUUGCAACAGUUUGAGAGGAAUAAUUAUCAACUUACAAACGAGAGGGAUAAUCUGAAAAGAGACUUAUUGCUGCAGCACAAAUGCAAUGAGGAAUCUCAGAAAGCGACUAGCGAGGCCCAAUACGAGAUCCGCUCGCUAAAGGACACUCAGCUCUUACAAGAGCGGAAAUACUCGAAACUCUUGGACGAACUAAUGCAAUUAAAUGCAGCGAAAGCAAAAAAAUCAGAAGAAACGCAAAAUCUUUUCGAUAAAAUUGAUUCCCUACAAAGCAAAAUUCAGAUUCAUAAGUCUUACGAGUUAGAACUAAAACGAACCAUCAGUGAUAUCGAAAACCAUUGCGUAAAACUUCAAACACAACACAAUACUCUGGCCAACGAUAACAACGCUCUACAGCGCAAUAUCCAAGCCUUAAGUGAAGGCAAAACCAAAUUAAAAACUUGCUUGGAAAAUCUACAGAAUACAAACGAAAGUCUGAAAGCAAAGCUAAAGCAUCGUGAUUCGGAAAUCAGUAAAUUGCAAGUACAGAUCGACAAAAUGGAAAAGGAACGCAGACUGUUGAAAAAUGAAUUGCGUGGAGCGAAACUAAGUGAACAACAUAUCAAAGAUGAGUUUUCAGAGAAGAUGAAAGAGAAUGAUAACUACGCGAAAAUGCAACAGCAAGAUCUGAAAAUCGUAGAUCGUCUCAAAAGAGAAUCGGACGCUUUAGUGAACGAGAAAAAUUCCGUUCAUUCCGAACUGUCAAAGAGCGAGGAAAACUGUAAUCAGCUGAAUAUAAAAAUCAGAAAUUUACAAAAAUCUCACGACCAAUUACAGAAUGAAGUCGUGUGUUAUCAAGACGAAAUGAAUUUGAUGAGGACGGAAAUAAAAAAUUUAAUAACUGAAAGGGAUGUACUGCGAAAAGAUCGAGAAGUAGCAGCAGAUCUGAGACAGGAAGUCUUGCAAAUGCAUCGACUUCUAAAUCAGGAGCGUAUAAAAGCAAGAGCUUUUCAGGAGGAAAUGCUAACGCCCAUGAAUGUACAUCGAUGGCGCAGUCUCAAAGGCAAAGAUCCGGAGAAGAGCGACCUCAUCCAACAAAUUCAAAGUUUAAGAAAGCAACUCUUAAGCCGAAACAUAGCUGCCCUAAGACAAAACACAGCUCUCAAAGAAUCUCAGGCGUUGUAUGAUGCUUUAAAAGAAUUCAUGUCAAAAUUACCAAGCAUAAAAAUAAAAGAGGAGCUCAACCGUGUUAAAGCCGCACUUUCCCGCAAAGAUAAGAAGCUCAAAUCUCUGAUGGCUGAAAUCAAUGCCAAGCUAAUUGAAGAGAAAAGUAAAGACCAAGAAAUCGAAGGCUUAAAAAUAAAUUUGACUAAACUUAAGCAACAAUUGCUAGAGGAACGGAAGCGUAACGAACGACAAGCGCUUAUGCAAAUGCAAGUUGAAUGUUUGUCAGCACCGCCCCAGCUAGAAACACAUCGGACUAAUAAUGAGACUGUAAAAAGUAGAACAAUCAUUUAA